CACCAAGCGGACUCCCUGUCCUGGCUUGUAUAAACACAAAGGGCUGCAGUCAGUCACUCGUCCUCCCUUUUUCCUUGUCGCUGCCUCUUUCCCAGGGCUCUGUCUGCGCCGGGUUUUGACAGCUGAAUAGUGUGUCUGCUCGCUUAUUGUGCUCUAGCCCGGAGAGGAAGCUGCAUUUUCACAAGAGGCGUCGGCAGGACCCCGGACUAAGGAUUUCUGACUACCGUUCUAAUAUUCACAGAGUGCCUGGAGAAUAUCAAUAUGCUGUGCACCAGUAUUAUUUUUGUGCACGUUAUUUCAUCUUUCGUGAUGGGAACAAAAGCUGCAGCAGAGGGAGUUACGGAACAUGAGGCACCUCAGGCCACCAGUCCAUCAUUUCAAAGAGAUUUGAUUGAUCUCAUCCGGUUAACCACUAUGAGUCAUCAGGGAUUUGGACUGGAGCUACCUCUGGCAUCAUCUGCGUUGCCUCCAGAAACGGAAAGUAACCUUGAACCUUUGCUGCACUCUCACAUGUCAACACUGCCCGCACAAAGGCAGGCUAGUACAAGUCCAGUGUUGACGUCUUGGAUGCCGACAGUUGAAGGUGAGACUAGUGCAGAGCCAAUGUUGAUACCACACAUCAGCGUAGAGUCUGGCGAUAUCUCUGCAAAUGCUGAAUCGUUCAACCAAGGUGACAUUGGCUCUCCCAGAAGUGUUGCACAGCUGGAAGCUGCCACAUUUUCAAACAAAAAACAUAUAGAUGUCCCAGCUGCCACGGAAGGUCUUAGAGGAGCCAUUCCUACUCGUCAUCCAGAACUGGUGAACAAAUUCAGCAAUUCCACUGACAUUUCCAUUCAUGACCUGUCUACAAUUGGAUUUCAUCUGGCUGGAUCCUCAGCUCUGUCAGCUUCAUCCCUGAUGUAUCCGGCGAGGCUGGGAACCACCCCUGAGUCCCCACAGGGAAGAUCAAUGAUGCCAAUCUAUACAUUUCCUGGUUCUCAGAAAAGACCAGCCACAGAAAGACCAAUCAUCACCACUCAAAGUGCUGAGGUGCUGACCAAAGUGAAGCCAUCAAUCCAAAUGACUUCUGAUCUUUGGAACAACGUGCUUUUCUCAGUGACUGAACUAACACCUGAGACCUUGAAUCCAUCCUCAAAAGGUAUUACCCAUCAAAUGGUCACAUCAGCCAAAGACAAAUCCAACCAUGGGUUGUCAACAGUAAAAGAAACAUCCUCGGGCAUCACCCUGCUCAACGAAGAGGUUGAGUUGGAUAAUACUGCAGCUCCGAGUACGACAUUGGGAAGAAGCACACCUACUAGCGAAGCACACAAUGCCAGCUCUCCUGAUAAAGGGAGAUUGGAUUAUUUAUUCAUAACUUUGCUUUCUUCUACUCCAGCCAACCAACCUCAACAAACAAAAGUCAAUGAGCAGCCAGAAAGGGCAACAGUGCCAAUGGAAACUGUCUCCACACUUGUUACCUCUGCCACCUCUGAGCCAAACAUGGAUAUGGGAAAUCGUGGAGGUUGGGACACAGUCAGUCAUCCACAAACUUCCACUCCAUCAACCUUGUGGACAAAGCCAACACAAUUCACAGAUUCUAAUGUUGGAUAUGAAAAUGUUUCUGCUGUUGCUCUCCCAGCAGCAUCCACUGUAUCCAGCUAUGGCCCGAAAGGAAACUGCAGUUCAUGCAAAGAUCGGAGCUCCAUUCACCCUGAUGUCGAAGGAACCCAAGACACAACCUUCAAUCCUCAUUACCCAAUUAUCUCUCCACUAUUUGUUAUCCUCCACACAGACUGGAACACAGCACUGGCUGAAUGGGGCCUAGCUUGGGACCUCCAUGUCUAUGGACUGGGGUUAGCUUUUGGCUUUGCAGGAAUCAUGUCUGCACUCGGUAUCCUCCUCCUCCCCUUCAGAUCUCCCUCGGGUUUCGGCUACUUCAUGGUUCUCAAUGGUCUGCUUUUCCUGACGAGCUCAACCCGAACUUUCACUUUCCUUUAUGAUGCUUACUGUUACCAGGACAAACUACCUGCAACCGUUGCUUUACUGCUCCAUGACUUGGUCUUUCCUUGUCUUACUUCUGCCUUUGGACUCAUAAUCUUGGUUCUCUCUCUGAGACCCGGCAUGGAAGUUGUGGCAUCGAGUUUCCAGCGAUCCUGCCUGCUAAUCGCUCUAGUCCUUCUCCACUUCACGCUCAGCGUGAGCAUACUUCUGGUCACCUUGCUAAAGCAAGCUCCCUUCCUCCUCUUUGUAUCACAUGGGAUUUUUGUGGUAUUGGUGACCAUCUUAUCCAUCCUGGUUUUUGCAGUAUACUGUCACACCCAAAUGGUCGACAUGCAUGUCUACAAUGUGAAGUCCUCCACACCUUCCAUGGAUGCCUUCAACACCCAACCCUUUGGAGACAUUGGGCAUUGGGGAAGGAUGGCCAGGUUAGCAAUGUGGACUGCAGUGUUUGGCUUGUGCUGUGCUGCAUUUCAGUUAUAUGCGAUUCUGUAUGGCCUAGGUCUGGCUGGAGAUCAUGUUUUCCAGCCAUGGCCUUGGUGGAUUUUCCAGUUUGGCACCAGUUUGUGUGAAGUGGGGAUGUCCCUCACCAUGUCCCUUAUUGGUAUCUACCCUUUGUUUUGCAUCCAUAAGUUCGACCACAACUGUUGCAACAAAACGUUCUGCCUCUCUCCAACUCAUGCUUCCAUGAAAGCCCCUAUACUCGCUAACACCUAUCAGUGGUCAACCUCACACCAGGCGAAGCCACUGGGCAGUGACACGAUUGUUCGAAGCCAAUCUGAAUGUCUGCCACUCUACACAAUGUCUGACAACCAGCUUAGCAGUGGUGAGGAGAUCAACCUGAUCUAUCACAGCACUGAGGUAAAAUAUCUGGACUGCCAUUUAAGGCAUGGCGGGUCCUCUAGGACCUCCUCCUUCAUCAGUGUUCAGGUAGACAGUGAUUCCACUGCUGACCUGAGACCCCCGUCUCCCAUUAACCUGAGGCGCAGCAUAGACGAGGCUCUCUUCAGUGAGGCCCUCAUUCCCGAAGGUCUCUUCCAUUGGUCAAGGCUAAACAGCUCCAGCAACAUGUCCCUCUGUGAGAACAGGUCCCUGCCAACCAGCAGCGAAGUCUUCAAGGAGAAGGCAGAGGAUAGAGGGCUGUAUCGGACAUCAUCUUGUGCUGGGAUGGAGAGGGGACUUGCCAGCACCUUUAGGAAGCUCAAUGUGAUUCGAGCCUUGUCUGUCGAUAGGUGGGAGGACAGUAAUGCUAGUUCAAUCUGCAGAACACCCCAGGGAGGAUCCUCGCUGGCACUUUGCUCCAACCCAGACAGACGGAGUGUCUUAACCAUCAGCCCAGAGCAGAAAUAUUUCAGGGACUCCUCCCAAAUAAGUCUUCUCCAGGUUCCGAGCCAGUUUCAGGCUCCGCCCGCACAAGAGGACAUGGACAAUAAUGACCUCCCGGAUUCAGUAACUCAAGCUGAAUUCAUGAAGAUCUGCAAGCAAAUUGACCAGCUCAGUAUUAGCAGUGACACAAUCGAAUUGUGAGUUUGGCAUUGGGACAGUUGCCAGCCAAUGCUUUUGCCAGCCUGCCUCAUAUUUCAUAUUUGAAGAUGCUUAUAAGGAUCUGUGCUCCAGAAAUGAAGACUUGCAAUGCCUCCAACCAAAAGAUCAGAGAUGGCUGGGCCGAGAACACAAAGGCCAAUCGCGGUCUUGAGUGGUAGGAAAAGAUGGGAACUGGACUGUGUUUUGUACUCUUCAUUACUCUGAAUGGGAGAGAAUUCCAGGCAUAAAGUGUAAUGCGAGUCAAGGUUUAGUUCGCACUACAUACUUCCAACAUACUGAUACUGCCAUUAAACUUCUGCAGCUGUGAAUAUGUAUAUAUGGUGAAAGACUGUGCUCGUGAUGUGCUGAGAAACUGGGCUUCUAAGAUAGCCAAAGAGAAAUUUCAUGGUUUAGAAUUGAGAUGUGUCAGCUAUUUCUGAGGUUGUUCAUCUGAGUGACUCACGCACACAGUGCCAAGACCCAGAGAAAUUGCUGCCAGUGCUCAGUUAAACUGCUGUCAAUUUGGGCAAACAGACUGAAUCUGGUUUUGGUUAGGGAACUAAGAAAGUGAGGCCUGAAUGAUUGGUAGACUGCAUUGGCGUAUUUAUGUCAAAACAGGACAGAGGUGUGCCACUGGACCUGCCUCUGUUCCCAUUAAAUAUCUUGCUAGUCCCUAUCCUAUAGAAUAGCUGCAUAAUGCAGCACUGGACAGGAUUGUAGACAGAAAAUCAGAAUAGAGCCAGGUUACAUUAACCUAAACUCUUAAUUGUUCUGAAGCAGGUUCUUGAUGAAGGAGGGACUAAACUUGUAACCUCUGUUUAAGAAGGAACUACAGAUGCUGGAAAAUCGAAGAUAGACAAAAGUGCUGGAGAAACUUAGCGGGUGCAGCAGCAA